ACUUUUAAUAAUAAUUUUAUUUAUAUUUGGAAAAGUUUCGAACUUGUCAAUUGUCGAUAAAAUAAUCGAAAUGUUAUUUUUUUUUAAAUAUUUUUUCUUUCUUAUAAUUUGGAUUUUAUUGAAUGUCCAUGGUGAUGAUUCGGCCACGGACCAAUCAUUUGAUUACUAUCUUGAUUCGAAACAAAAAAAAUCACGUUUCAAAGUCGAAUUCGAUUUCGAGAGAGCUGCAAUUCUUACGGUUGUUUUAUUGUUAUUACUAUUCAUCCCUGUUUGGCUUAUAUGUUUCAUAUCACGACCAGCUAGCCGUCUUCAUUGGACAAGUUAUGAUUAUUUUCAUCGUCAGCAAGAAUCAUUGAAAAAACGAUUCGAAGCUACCCAUAAAAGUCCGGCCAAUGUUCACGGUGAGAAUGAUGAAGAUCAUGAUCGUGGUUAUAUGACUAAACUUCAACAACAAACGAAUAAAUCAAAACAAUCAGUGAGAACGGAUACAUUCGUAGUCAGCGAGAACGGUAAUGAAAAUGAAUCAACAAUCGAAAAAGUUGAUAGUUUUACAAAAGAUGUGAAUACUAAAUCCAGAUUUGGCAAGAAAAACGUCAGCAUAAAACGCAAAAAUGUAAACACUAAUGUCCAGAAAAAAACAAUGUCUACGGGAAAGAAAAUAGCAGAUUAUAAUUUAAAAUCAGAACUGGAAAAAUCUGCUGAAGAAUUUUCAUCCCUCGAAUGAUCAUCAAAUGAUUGCUGAUUUUUAAUCCUUUUUGUAUAAAAAAAAUUUAAUUUAAAA